UGACCCUAGCUAGUUGAUGUCACCGUUUAACCUCCGAAGAACAGAAGAAGGAGACCCAACGCGAGGUAAAAGGAGUCAACGCCUGCCACUAAGGCAGCUCGAGAGGAAGCACGCAGACAGGGCACUGGGACCCCUGGGAGCUCCCAGCCUCCCCGCCACCAUGUGCGAGCUGUAUAGCAAGCAGGACACUCUGGCGUUGAGGAGGAAGCACAUCGGGCCCUCCUGCAAAAUCUUCUUUGCUGCGGAUCCCCUUAAAAUAGUGCGCGCCCAGCGGCAGUACCUGUUUGACGAAAAAGGUGAACGGUACUUGGACUGCAUCAACAACGUCGCCCAUGUGGGACACUGUCACCCAGAAGUGGUCAGAGCUGCCCUGAUGCAGAUGGAAGUACUAAAUACAAAUUCUCGAUUCCUUCAUGACAACAUCGUGGAAUACGCCAAGCGCCUUUCCGCAACCCUGCCGGAGAAACUCUCUGUUUGCUACUUUACAAAUUCAGGAUCUGAAGCCAAUGACUUAGCCUUACGCUUGGCUCGGCAGUUCAGGGGCCACCAAGAUGUGAUCACUCUUGACCAUGCUUACCAUGGCCACCUAUCAUCUCUAAUUGAGAUCAGUCCUUAUAAAUAUGGACAGGGCACAGAUGUCAAGAAAGAAUUUGUGCAUGUGGCACCAACUCCGGAUACUUAUAGAGGAAAAUAUAGAGAAGACCAUGCGGACCCAGCCAGUGCUUAUGCAGAUGAGGUGAAGAAAAUUAUUGAUGAAGCUCAUAAAAGUGGAAGGAAGAUUGCUGCCUUUAUUGCUGAAUCCAUGCAGAGUUGUGGCGGACAAAUAAUUCCUCCAACAGGCUACUUCCAGAAAGUUGCAGAGUAUGUACACAGAGCAGGAGGUGUGUUUAUAGCUGAUGAAGUUCAGGUUGGUUUUGGAAGAGUUGGGAAACAUUUCUGGAGCUUCCAAAUGCAUGGCGAAGACUUUGUUCCAGACAUCGUCACAAUGGGAAAACCAAUGGGCAAUGGCCACCCAGUGGCAUGCGUGGUAACAACCCAAGAAAUUGCAGAAGCUUUCAGCAGCUCUGGGAUGGAGUAUUUCAAUACGUAUGGGGGAAAUCCAGUAUCUUCUGCUGUUGGUUUGGCUGUCCUGGAUGUGAUUGAAAAUGAAGACCUUCAAGGAAACGCCAUGAGAGUGGGGAGCUACCUUAUCAAGUUACUGAAUAAGGAGAAGGCUAAGCACCCUUUGAUAGGAGAUAUCAGGGGAAUUGGCCUUUUUAUCGGAAUUGACUUAGUGAAGGACCAUCAGAGAAGGACCCCCGCCACAGCCGAAGCUCAGCACGUUAUCUACAAGAUGAAAGAAAAGCGAGUGCUUCUCAGUGCCGAUGGGCCUCAUAGAAAUGUACUUAAAAUAAAACCGCCUAUGUGUUUCACUGAAGAAGACGCCAGGUUUUUGGUGGACCAACUCGAUGGGAUUCUAACAGUUUUAGAAGAAGCCAUUGGAGCCAAAACUGAGAGUGUGACGGUCUCUGAGAACACACCAUGCAGGACAAAGAUGCCUAAGGAAGCACACUUGGAAUUGCUCAGUGAGGAAGCUCCAGACCAGAAAGCAAAUCCCAGGCAAAAGAGAAAUGAAUUGUACGAGGAUAAACAUUCACUGCUCAGUAAACGGCUCAAGACAUGAGGGAUUAGUAUUUUAAGGCAAGACAAAUAUCCUGAGUUAUGAAAGGAAAUAUCUUCUUAACAGCUCUCUGUACUCCUUAAAGGUAAAAUUUGCAUUCCAUAUAGCUUUGUCAAUAAAAAAAUCACAAAUGAGCAGUAAGAAUAAACCAACUGAUGAUCAAACCAUGUCAAAAUUAUUAGUUCAGACUUUAGCCUGUUAAUUCCAGACUUGAACUUUCUGAAUGUACUUAAUUUAUUCUACUAAAUUGAAGCUUUAAGUUGAAUAUUAAGUUGAAUAUUAUGGAAGUUUUACUUUUCAUGUUUUAAUGUCUGAAAUAAGGGAGCAAAGUACAACAGGUUUCUUAACUUAGGAGACCUAGUGCCUUAAAAUGUGAAUUCUAUAAUGAUUCCUUUGGUGUACAUUUAUGGACUAUAAUAAAAUAAAAGAUAAUGU